CAGAAGAAAAUAUUCCAGCAUGAGUAUCAGAAAAUAAUUUCCCCUGGAUAUUGAUCACAAAUAUAAAGGAAAUUGUAGGAGCUGCUUUACAAAGAAUCAUACUGAAUUUAUGACCUUCCCUGAAAGAGGCUGAGAAAAUGGAAAUAUAUCAUCUUACCAGGCAAGUGGUCUUGUUCUUUAUUUCUCUGUGUAACUCUGGUAUGUUGUGUGAACCAUUCCGCUAUUCAGUGCCUGAGGAGAAGAAAGCUGGGUCUACAGUAGCAAAUGUGCUAAAAGAUUUGAAAGUAGAUGUCAAAGAGAUCUCUGCUCGCAAAGCACAGUUGAUUUCUAAGAGUUCCAGGCAGGAUUUCCAGCUGGAUCCUCAUUCUGGGAAUAUAAUAUUAAAGGAUAAAAUUGAUCGAGAAGCUUUGUGUGGUCUGAAUGACCCUUGCAUUUUAUUCUCUGAAAUUUUGCUGGAAAAUCCUUUUCAGUUCUUCAAAAUUGAAGUUCAGAUAGAAGAUGUGAAUGAUAAUUCCCCUAGAUUCUCUAAGAAUCAAUUCCUUUUUGAAAUACCUGAACAGACUCCCGUAAAUACACAUUUCCCUUUGGAGAAAGCCCAAGAUUUAGACAAAGGAAAAAAUGCUAUCCAGAACUACAUACUUAGCGCAAAUGAACAUUUUAAGCUGGACGUGCAAAGUCAAAAUGAUGGCAGCAAAUAUGCAGAACUGCUUCUGGCAAAACCAUUAGAUCGUGAGGUGAUUCCUAAGUUUUUCCUUGUUUUGGAAGCUGUGGAUGGAGGGAUCCCAAGGAGAACUGGUACAGCACAGAUAGUUAUUGAUAUUCUGGAUACCAAUGAUAAUGUGCCCCAGUUUGAACAAUCUGUGUACAAAGUGCAGCUAAUGGAAAACAGUCAUCCAGGUUCACUGGUUGCUAAAGUUGAAGCUACUGACAAAGAUAUUGGAUCCAAUGCUCACAUCACUUAC